GUCACGGGCGCGGAAGCGGCUACAAGAGUGCGAUGACGUCACACGCACUCUCUUUCCGCGCCGCGCGCUGCCAGGAUGAAGACCAUCCUCAGCAACCAGACCGUGGACAUCCCCGAGCAAGUGGGAGUUUCGCUGAAGGGCCGGACGGUCAUAGUGAAGGGCCCCCGAGGAACCCUACGGAGGGAUUUUAACCACAUCAACGUGGAGCUGUCCCUCCUGGGGAAGAAGCACAAGAAGCUGCGAGUUGACAAGUGGUGGGGUAACAGAAAGGAGCUGGCAACAGUCCGCACCAUCUGCAGCCAUGUACAGAACAUGAUCAAGGGGGUCACUCUGGGCUUUCGUUACAAGAUGAGGUCGGUGUAUGCUCACUUCCCAAUCAAUGUGGUCAUACAGGAUAAUGGCUCACUUGUGGAGAUCCGAAACUUCUUGGGAGAGAAGUACAUCCGCAGAGUGCGGAUGAGGCCAGGUGUUACCUGUGCAGUGUCUCAAGCCCAGAAAGAUGAGCUGAUCCUUGAAGGCAAUGACAUUGAGUUGGUCUCCAAUUCAGCUGCCUUGAUCCAGCAAGCCACCACAGUCAAGAACAAGGAUAUCAGGAAAUUCUUGGAUGGUAUCUACGUCUCUGAGAAAGGAACAGUACAGCAGGCAGAUGAGUAAAACUCAUAGUUGUCUGGAUCCUGAUACAAACCACCAUGAAACAUUAGAUCAACAAGACCAGCUCAAAGAAUCUGGUACAAAACCAGAACACCAUGAGAGGUUUAAUAAAAUAAAACAUACUUAAUA